CGUUUCUGCGCUCCCGUGACACUUUUGAACAAAUAACCGUGGAACCGAGGCGGGCCAGUUCUGAUGUGUGGUCAUUGGACAGCAGACCUCCCGGACAGCAUCCCAGCAGCUCCCCCCGGCUCCCCCCGGCUCCUCCCUGGCAGCCCGGUCCACCGGCGUGCUGCAGUCAUUUCUGCGCGUCCGCUCCGGGACGCGCUCCAGCUGCAGGAGGGGACCCACCAAAGAAAUAAGCGCUCUGUGAAGCAGGAAGUGGGCUAAUCUGAGCUUCAGUGAGGGCAGGCAGGUCGACCUGGAGCGCCAUGCUGAACGAACACACCCCUCUCAUCACCUCGGGAGUCUGUGGUCUGACUGCCACCGCCACGAAAUGCGGAGCCACGUCAGACCCCCCCCAGGACCCCGACUCUGCGCCGCCGAGCCCGGACCCGCGCAAACUCAACACCUUCUUCGGGGUGAUGGUGCCGACCAUCCUGUCCAUGUUCAGCAUCGUGCUGUUCCUGAGGACAGGCUUCGUGGUCGGUCAUGCGGGACUGCUGCAGGGUCUUCUAAUGGUGCUGGUGGCCUACACCAUCAUAUCCCUCACAAUACUCUCCAUCUGUGCCAUUUCCACCAAUGGGGCCAUUCAAGGAGGCGGGGCCUACUACAUGAUCAGCCGGUCUUUGGGGCCUGAGUUCGGAGGAAGCAUCGGCCUGAUGUUCUUCCUGGCCAAAGUGUUUGCGUGCGGGGAGUAUGUGCUCGGCCUGGUGGAGGCCAUACUGGACAUGUUCGGUGCAGAUCCAGGCAAGUGUUUGUUCUCGAGUCUUUUCAGCACUUCUCCUCCCAAGUUACCCGCCGCUUCAUCGUCCCUGUCUUUCCCGUCUCCCCCAGAGUCGUCCGUGUCCCAGGGGGUGCGGGUUCUCCCGCAAGGCUACUGGUACACGGUCCUGUACGCCUCGGUGAUCCUGCUGCUGUGUCUCUUCGUCUGUCUGGUGGGCGCUCACAUCUACUCCCGCACGGCCUUCGUCAUCCUGCUGGUGGUCACCGUGUCGCUGCUGUCCAUCUUCAUCAGCUCCGUGGCCGUCAAGCCCCGCGACUUCAACAUCACCCACCCGGGGCCUGCCAACCAGACGCUGCGCUACAACGCCAGCUACACGGGCUUCAGCGCCCAGACCCUGAGGAGCAACCUGGGCUCUGGUUACUCGUUGGACUACAGCACCAACACUGUCAUGUCCUUUUCCACCGUGUUUGCCGUCAUGUUCACCAGCUGCACCGGGAUCAUGGCUGGGGCCAACAUGUCAGGUGAGCUGAAGACGCCGAGCAUCUCCAUCCCCAAGGGCACCAUCGUAGCCGUCUUUUACACCUUCACCGUCUACGUCCUCCUCUUCAUCUUGGUCAGCGCCACCUGCGACAGGACCUUGCUGAUCCAGGAUUACGGGUUCUUCCAGCGAAUUAGCUUGUGGUCACCGCUGGUCACCAUCGGGAUAUACUGCGCCUCUCUGUCGGCAGCGAUGUGCGCGAUGAUCGGAGCGUCCCGCAUCCUCCACGCUCUCGCCCUGGACGGCCUCUUCGGUUUGCCGCUGGCCCCGGCGACCAUCACGUCCAGCUCCGGGAACCCGUGGAUGGCGGUGCUGUACACCUGGGGCCUUGGACAGUGUGUGGUGUUUGCAGGCCAUCUCAACGCCGUGGCGGCUGUGGUGACUGUUUUCUACCUGCUGGCCUACGCCGCCCUGGACCUGGCCUGUCUGGCUCUGGAAUGGGCGUCUGCACCGAAUUUCAGACCGACCUUCCAGCUCUUCUCCUGGCACACCUGCCUCCUGGGGAUCCUCAGCUGCCUGGUCAUGAUGUUCGUCAUCAACCCCGUGUACUCGUCGGCCAGCAUCGUCCUGCUGCUGCUGCUGCUGCUGCUGCUACACUACCGCUCCCCCACCAGCAGCUGGGGCUACAUCAGCCAGGCCCUCAUCUUCCAUCAGGUACGGAAGUAUCUGUUGAUGUUGGACGUGAGGAAAGACCACGUGAAGUUCUGGAGGCCCCAGGUGCUGCUGAUGGUGUCCAACCCGCGCUCCUCCUGCCAGCUCAUCCUGUUCGUGAACCAGCUGAAGAAGGGCGGACUGCUGGUGCUGGGUCACGUGCAGCUGGGAGAUCUGGACACGCUCCCGUCGGACCCGGUCCAGCAGCAGUACAACUUCUGGCUGAGCCUGGUCGAUAAACUGGGGGUGAAAGCGUUUGUGGACCUGACGCUGUCUCCUACGGUGAGACAAGGAACCCAGCAUCUGCUGCGCAUCACGGGACUCGGCGGCAUGAAGCCCAACACGCUGAUUUUGGGUUUCUACGACAGCAGCACCCCUGACGACUUCUUCCUGCAGGACUCGGCCUUCUGCCAGUCAUCGGUGGGGAAAGGCGGGGAAGAUUAUAACUUUGGGGUUGACCUGCCGUCGUUGCAGGCCCACUUCCCCCCCGUCCGGCACGUGGAGAGCCCCCGGUGGCUGUCGCCGGAGGAGUACGUAGGCAUCAUUUCUGACGCCAUCAAAAUGAAUAAAAACGUGUGCCUGGGCCGGUACUUCUUCCAGCUGCAGGGGGAAGGGAAGGGGAGCAAAGAGGACGGAUCUGAGAGGAUCAUAGACGUGUGGCCGCUGAACCUGCUGCAGCCGGGCUGCCGGGACUACCAGGACGUGUGCAGCCUCUUCCUGCUGCAGAUGGCCUGCGUGCUCAACAUGUCCAGCCGCUGGCGCUACGCCAGGAUGAGGAUCUUCCUGAACGUGGAGACGGCGUCCUGCGACCAGGGCUGGGUGAUCAACGAGGAGACGUUUCGGGAGCUGCUGAGGAAGCUGCGGAUCAGGGCGUCCAUAAAGAUCGUGGCGUGGGACUCGGUGGUGCAGCACCACAGCCUGCCGGAGGGAGAGCGCGCCGCGGAGCCGUCGCCGGCUCUGUCCGAGGAGUUCCUGUCCGCCGUGAACCGCAUGCUGAUGGAGCACAGCUCGCAGGCCACCGUGCGCUUCCUGUCCCUGCCGCAGCCUCCCGCCCACCAGAGCCAAGCACAGCGCUACUUGGCUCAGCUGGAAGCGGUGACCAGCGGUUUAGGGCCGACGCUCUUGACGCACGGCGUCACCCCAGUCACAUACACUGACCUCUGAGCGUGCACGAGUCCUGUUCAUGUUCCACCACUUAUUAUAUAUGCAAAGUCUUAUACUCCUGUUACUUAGAAGUAAGUACAAACCCGACCACACACCAUUAAAAGGGAGAAGGGUUGACAGUAUUUGGUACACUCUCACACGCUGGAGUGGUUCUUCUUUCGUUGGAAAAUGAUGCCAACCAGGUGCCACUGGAAGUUUUGCUUUGAAAUAGGAAACGUUCCUAUUUUUAUAUACUUGAACGAGCUCAGAUAUUAUAACGGUCGUCGUUUAUGUUGAUGUAACUUCCUGUAGGCAUUAGCGGCACUUCUUUCUCUCUCUCUCACAGAAAUAAAUGUGUGAAAAACACUCUUCAGAGCAAGAACACCACGUGCACCAGAGAUGCCGAGUGUGGAAAUGUCUGCAAUUCACCUCUGGGAUGAAAUAAUGGAAAAAUUGUGUUUUUGAUUUAAACAAAAACUAAAAUCCAGGUUCAGUUUCUAACAAUUAUAACAGUUGUUCCUCUUAACCCUUUUACAUUUGUUUGUUUGUGCCGGUUGCCUGAUCAAGCGAUCCAAAGAGUCUUGACCUCUCGUGCACUUAAGACGAGCUUUCCGCUGCCCCUUUGUCUCGCUGCCUCGUGCACAGACGAGGAAAUAAUUUGCACUUUUGACUUCAGAAUGAUGAGCUGCAUCAGAUGCUGCUGUUUUUGUUCAAAUGAAACAAAACUGUUUGGAUCUCUGCAGUACAGACGUGAAGAGGUCACAUGACUGGUUACUGUGGUACUGAGGAAUAUCGUUAAUGACCCGGUCCGAGACAGGACCAGGCGGACCAAAGCCGGGGGCCAUAGAUUAAAUAUUUAUGAACUAUGUGAUGAAAUAGCGCUGCGCUUGGUUUGUGUGUUUCUGCGAAGCAUCUUGCUCAACUCAGUUCUUUCUCAACAGAAAAACUUCAACGGACUUCUGCUCUCUGUAGACGUGCAUGUAAGCCGAUAUACCACAUGCACUUUGUCUUAUUUAUGUAACAGUUUUAAAUGUUUAAAAUAUGUAUUUAAGAUUGUAUCAAAAUAAUAAACACAGUUU